CUGAACGUGCAACGGCGUAAGGACUUCAACGGCGGUCAAUUCCAGCCGUCAGAUGUAACGGACGGUGCAGAUAUGCUCAUCCGCAUCCUCGUGCCCACCUACCAGUGCCCCGGGGAGGAGCGGCUGGGCGUGUGGGGUGACGGUGGCAAGUGGACAUGCAUGCUGCCGUCCACCAUUCAGCCCAAGCCCAUCGUCUACAGCAUCGGCAGCAACGAGUCGUUUUCAUUUGAGAGUGAGAUCAGUGCGGAGCUGCACAUACGCACGGACACCUUCGACCCCUUCAUCCCCCCCGAGGCGCAGGCGCGCAUGAAGGCGCUGCCCUUCCUGCGCUUCCACAGCAUUGGCGUCGCCAGCAGCGCUGACAUCAACGAGUACAAGAAGUGGUAUCCCAAGAAGAGGUUCAUGCGGUUGGGCGAGAUCAUGAAACGGCUGGGGCACUCGUACAUUGACGUGCUGAAGGUGGACUGCGAGGGGUGCGAGGAGAACUUCAUCCACGAGCUGGUGGCGGCGAACCACAACAAGAUGGGCGCGCUCACCAUCCAUGGGGGCCGGCUGCCCUUCGGACAGAUGCUCUGUGAAUUCCACAGAACGGACAUGCCGAAUCGCACGCUGCCGCUGGUGUAUGGAAUGGAGAGCCUGGGGUACCGCAUGUUCCACGUCGAGCCCAACCCGCAGUGCCUGCACUGCCAGGAGAUCGACUUCGUCCACGACACGCUCGUCAAACCCUCCCCCACCGCCGACUGCCGCCCCUUCCUGCAGAGCAGCAGCAGCGGCGGGCUUGCGCAGUUGCUAGAUGCACAAGGCAAGGCGCAAGCUGCAGGUGGCACGGGGGAGGAAGCUGCUGCUAGUGGUAGUGCGCUUGAUUCGCCGUAA